UUUCAAUUUGUGAUUGUGGGCGGUACUUCGAGUUCAUCGUUUGAGGGGUACCUCGAAACAUACUUUUGGUGUUCCGCAUAGCGCGAAAGGAUAUCUGCUGUAUGCCUAGCGUCUAAGGUACCACAUCAUGAAGUCCAGUAAAGAUUCGAAUGGAUCGCUCCACCUAGAUUCAAUACCAAAUAAAGCAGUCAGAGAGAACUGUGGUGACAAAAUUAAUAAGAGGAAUACUGUUAUUGGCAAUAUGUGUCAUGCAGUUGUAAGUCAAAAGCCUACUAAUGAAAUGAAAGGGAAGUUAAGUGAUAAUAAAAAUACAUCGUUUUCUACCACUGAACUUUCAAGUCUUUCCAGUCCUCCCAGAACAAGUGAAUGUACCCAUAAACCUAGACGAUCGCUCGUAGACUGGGAUAGUUUUAUAAAUUUACCCAAAAAGCAACGAAAUCUCUCUUUUAGAACUGGCGAUCCAUCUCGAUCAGUACUCACGAAAACAACACCACCCGCUCUCACAUCCCCAGUUAAAUUGAAGCAGGAUUAUGAUAAAGAUUGUGUGUUACCUGUAAAAACAAAUGAUUCGACGGGGAAGAGUCCGUUAACGUCACCCAGAAGCAGUUCACUACAAGACAAGCCAUGCUCGCCUAGCAGUCGUUCAUCUUAUGAUAAAAAUCCUAAGAGGAAUGCUUUUGCAAAGAAAGAGGACUUACCUUAUGCAUUUAAAUCAGACCGUAUCUCACCACCGUUUGUAACGAAAAAGCCUACUGAAUCUAAAAAACAUAGGCUGUCUCUUUUUACCGCUGACCUCACCAACUGUAUAUUACUUGCAGAUGGAAAAGAUGUAAAGUCUCAAAAAGGAAGUCAUGAACAAAAUCAUAUUUACUCCAGUGAUUCCAAAAAAAGGAAGUUAUCCCCUUCAGUUUUUUCUUGUAAAAUGAAAAAGUCAUCCUCAAUUUUAAUGAAAGGAAGUCAGUGUAAUGGUUUGCUGUCAACUAACUCCCAUCCUGAUAAAAAUCGUACAAGGAAAAAGUUGUAUGAAAUCAAUCAGUUUUACGAAUCCCCAUCAAUGUUCCCUGCAACUUCUAGUUUAGUGGAGAAUGUGGACGAUGAAAUAUCAAUUAGGAAUGGUGUUAUUUCUCCAGGGAAUUACAGUCUUCUGAAUGGACAUUCAGGCGAUGAUUGCAAAUCUCCGCAAUACUCAUAUUCGAAGAAAUCAACUGUUCCUGCUUCUAAUGAUUCAAAAUUGAAAUCAGUCACUCCUCCUUGGGCUACUCGCAGUACCUUUAGUGAUGAUGAUAGUUCAAUUAAAAUAGUUAAUACUACAUCAGACAAUACAUCACCCUCUCAAAAUAAAGAUUUAAAUUCUUCAAAGCAUCAUUUGUCUUCAAAAAUACAUCCUUCUAAGUUAACGGAAAAAGAUGUUUGGCACAACUACAGACCUCCUCAUAAUGGACCUUAUACAUGUUCAUUUUGUGGUCAAGUGAUUCAUAAGCGAUCGAAUUUUUCGAAGCAUCUGCUUACUUGUAAACCUAGAUUGAGCAUCAAUGACACCGAAAAAAUGAAGUCCUUAUCGCAGAAGAAGAAGCAGAAACUUCAUUCUUUGUUGAAAUCCUGCAGUAAAAUGUCAUCAAAAUCAGAUGAUGUUAUGAAACGUUUAACCAGACGUAUACUGUUGCAUACUGCAAAAAAUAAGAAAUGUGAUACAUCCGUCAAUCAUGUGAUGGAGAAUUCGUCUUAUGAAACCUCUGAUAUAUUCUCAAGUCAUGAUGAUACGAAAGACGUUUCAUCCUGUAUAGAAAGCUCUCACAAAAGUUGCCUACCGACACCGAUAAGAUCAGUGUGUGACACCAAUGAAGAUUUUAGUGAUAUAUUCAAGGACUCAACAACUCCUACGACGUCUAAAAUGAAAGCUUCACGUGACCUCGAGAAUGAACGGAGUGUUAGUGAGCACAAGUCAAAUGAAUCCCUGGACGAAGAUAAUGAUUCAUCAGUUCGUACACUGAGGAGAACGCGUGUACGCGAGAUGCGAACGUCUACCGAUAAAGCAAAGAUGAUACGUCGUACUUCCUCAAAGAAGUUGUCGAAAUCUGAAACAAUGUGUAGUCCGUCUUCAAAGGUAGCAGAGGAACAGUUUGAUUUUACUGGUUCCGAUACUACUAGUGAAUGUUCACGUGCACAGAUAAGUGAAGACAAGCCAGAGGACAGUAAUCGAAAAUGUGAUACAUCCGUCAAUCAUGUGAUGGAGAAUUCGUCUUAUGAAACCUCUGAUAUAUUCUCAAGUCAUGAUGAUACGAAAGACGUUUCAUCCUGUAUAGAAAGCUCUCACAAAAGUUGCCUACCGACACCGAUAAGAUCAGUGUGUGACACCAAUGAAGAUUUUAGUGAUAUAUUCAAGGACUCAACAACUCCUACGACGUCUAAAAUGAAAGCUUCACGUGACCUCGAGAAUGAACGGAGUGUUAGUGAGCACAAGUCAAAUGAAUCCCUGGACGAAGAUAAUGAUUCAUCAGUUCGUACACUGAGGAGAACGCGUGUACGCGAGAUGCGAACGUCUACCGAUAAAGCAAAGACGAUACGUCGUACUUCCUCAAAGAAGUUGUCGAAAUCUGAAACAAUGUGUAGUCCGUCUUCAAAGGUAGCAGAGGAACAGUUUGAUUUUACUGGUUCCGAUACUACUAGUGAAUGUUCACGUGCACAGAUAAGUGAAGACAAGCCAGAGGACAGUAAUCGAAAAUGUGAUACAUCCGUCAAUCAUGUGAUGGAGAAUUCGUCUUAUGAAACCUCUGAUAUAUUCUCAAGUCAUGAUGAUACGAAAGACGUUUCAUCCUGUAUAGAAAGCUCUCACAAAAGUUGCCUACCGACACCGAUAAGAUCAGUGUGUGACACCAAUGAAGAUUUUAGUGAUAUAUUCAAGGACUCAACAACUCCUACGACGUCUAAAAUGAAAGCUUCACGUGACCUCGAGAAUGAACGGAGUGUUAGUGAGCACAAGUCAAAUGAAUCCCUGGACGAAGAUAAUGAUUCAUCAGUUCGUACACUGAGGAGAACGCGUGUACGCGAGAUGCGAACGUCUACCGAUAAAGCAAAGAUGAUACGUCGUACUUCCUCAAAGAAGUUGUCGAAAUCUGAAACAAUGUGUAGUCCGUCUUCAAAGGUAGCAGAGGAACAGUUUGAUUUUACUGGUUCCGAUACUACUAGUGAAUGUUCACGUGCACAGAUAAGUGAAGACAAGCCAGAGGACAGUAAUCGAAAAUGUGAUACAUCCGUCAAUCAUGUGAUGGAGAAUUCGUCUUAUGAAACCUCUGAUAUAUUCUCAAGUCAUGAUGAUACGAAAGACGUUUCAUCCUGUAUAGAAAGCUCUCACAAAAGUUGCCUACCGACACCGAUAAGAUCAGUGUGUGACACCAAUGAAGAUUUUAGUGAUAUAUUCAAGGACUCAACAACUCCUACGACGUCUAAAAUGAAAGCUUCACGUGACCUCGAGAAUGAACGGAGUGUUAGUGAGCACAAGUCAAAUGAAUCCCUGGACGAAGAUAAUGAUUCAUCAGUUCGUACACUGAGGAGAACGCGUGUACGCGAGAUGCGAACGUCUACCGAUAAAGCAAAGAUGAUACGUCGUACUUCCUCAAAGAAGUUGUCGAAAUCUGAAACAAUGUGUAGUCCGUCUUCAAAGGUAGCAGAGGAACAGUUUGAUUUUACUGGUUCCGAUACUACUAGUGAAUGUUCACGUGCACAGAUAAGUGAAGACAAGCCAGAGGACAGUAAUCGAAAUAAAAGUGAUAAUUCGCUUUUCCGGUCACCUAAUGGAUUGAAGACAACAGAUAAAGAAUUUUCGAUUACCAAAUCUUCUUCUCUAUUCAAAUGUGACGCAUGUUCAGUUGAAUAUAGUCUUCAGAGGUUACUUUCGCUUCAUAUGCGCGGAAAGCAACAUAGGUUAAAUGUUAUGAAGAAUGAAUUGCUUAUGAAUGAAUCAGACAAAUGUGACAGUGAACCCGUAGGAAAUAUAAUCCCAGAUGUUGUAUCCAACGUGUGUGAAAAGUCGGUGCUGGUUAAUCCUCCAGUUAUAAACAAUAACGAAGUUGUUGAGUUGCCUGAGACCUCGAGACAUUCGAUUACCAGUGAAGACGAUGAUGAUGAUAAUGAAACAUUGUCGAAGCUGUCUGAGAAACUGAAAUCUUCUACUAUUCCAAACAAAAAUAUCCUGAAUUUAGAAACUGGAAAAAAUUCACAUUGGGAAUUUAUUGAAUCUUCACGAAUUGAAUCAAAAGAUAAAACUGCUUCGUUUGAAACCGAUCAACAGAAACAUUUGUCUCAAACACCGAAGAAGUCAAUAACAGUAUCGUCUACUUCUGUUUUUGUUUGCGACACAUGUUCACAUCCUUUUCGUCAUAGAGGAUCACUUUUACGCCACCAACGUAAAACGAAUCAUAGGAAUUACAAUGAUUCUGAUAAAAACCCACCCAGUGUACCAGCUAUAGUGCCAUCUACAGAAAUAUUAGGACAAUUUUGUGAAAAUAACAAUAUGAUGGAAGCAAUAUCAGAUUUGAUUUCAGAGGAAUAUACAGAUCUAGUGUUGACCGAGACCACAAUUGUAGAGAGUAAUAAUAAUAAUGAUAGUAAUAUUAUAUUAGUUAAGGACGUUGCUGAUUCAAGUCAUUGUGAAAGUCAAAAUCACAAGUUCCCUGGGCUUGAAAUAUCAACAAUAAACCCGUUUGUUAGCCCUCAAAAAGGAAUCACAACGCCUAUGAUGAACGAAAAACACCCACAGUCGGACACAGUAGUAACUCCUUUUUUCAAAAGGGAAGAAACAGUUUCUAAGGCUUAUAACGCUUUCAAUACUGAUGUAAUAAAAGAGGAGGAAACUGAAUACCUUUUAAGAGCAUCAGAUACAACUCCUGUUGACGAUGUCACUGCGCAUAGUGAAUUGACAUCGACUCAAUCACAAAAUCAGUCAAACGAAACAGUAAGUGUAAGUGCUGUUUCCUUUCCUUCAGUUUCUUUCCAUAAUGGUUUGCAUAACUCAUUCACAUUAAAAAGGACGUAAUAUACUUUGAACACUAGUUUACUACCUAGUGGCCCAAUCAAGGUAUCGAAUUCAGUCCUACAGAAGGUCAAUCGUGAGGCUGAAUAACUCAGUGAUAAUGUCUUUGACUGCAGAACUGGGUGACACAGUUUCGAAUCUCAGGAGGGAUGUGACUUCCUUCAAGAUUGCAGAUACGCCUUGCUGACAACUAACUACCAACAAGUGUACAAUCCAAGGCCGCCUGCCGAUUGCCUCCAACCAUCUGCAAAUGACCUAAUAUAGAAUUGACUACUAGGGAUUUAAAAAAAUACAUAAUUAAUUCUUGUUAUAUUUCUAUUUACCUAUUUAUUAAUCGGAAAAAAAAUAAUCCCCUGUUGAAAAAAAGGACCAACAUUCAUCUGUUUCUCAUCAUUACAAAUGUCCAUGGUGUGAUCGCGUGAUAAGGCUUUUCCACAAUUUUACCAGACAUACGGCCUCUUGUAAAGAUCGGUUUUUGAAAAUAGAGGUGGGUUUCUGUUUUAUGCACAUCUGGCUUCAGUGGUAUUAUUUCUAUAACGUUUUUUUCUUUUUAUAAUUAUUAAGCAGAAAUCGUUAAGUUGAUUUCUAGAGAUCAAUUCUACUGAAUUUCUUUUCUGUUUUAGUCAGCAAAUCAUAUAUACUUUUGUUUCACACAUCUACCAUUAUAGUGACAUUCUUGGAGUGUUUAUUUUACAAGUGCUGCUAGAUUUCAGAAUGUUUUUAUUUAGUAGUAAAUGUUAGUAUUUUUUAACUACGUCAUACAUAUAAUAGGGGUCGGCAGCAGUAAAGCAUAGAUACCCCAUAGUCAAAUGGCCUUGAGCCAGCCAAUCAUGUGCUUCUAGGCCUCAGUUCUCCAUAGGACUGGCUAUGGUUAGUAAACUAGAAUCUGUAUGAGUGUCACUUAUUAUAGGAUCCAUUAAUGCUGAUAAAUGAUUGACUUUAUCAGGAUCAUAACCUAAUGAUGAAGGUUAUUGUUGAGCAUUUCAAGUGAAUACUGCUCAUAAUCAUCGUUGCGCAUUUUAUCCUAACCGUAAUGAUCUUCGCAAGUUUCAUCGUAACCUUAAUCAAUAACCCUAACCCCCAAUCAGAGUAAAACUUGCAACGAAGGUUAUGAAAAGCAUUCAUUUGCAAUUCUGGGUGAUCUGAUUGGCUGGUUCAAGGUCAUUUGUCUGUGGUAUCUAUUCUUUACUCUUGCUUAGUGGUCUGAAUUAGUGUUACUAUGAUUUCUAAUAUGGCAUAUAGUUCUCGGUACCAUUCUAUUUUAACAUUGGAAUACGUGUGAUGAUCAUUCAUUUUUCACAUAGAAUUUAAAAUCUGAAAAAUGUAUAGAUUUCGGCUUGUCUCUGUUGUUGUUGUUGUUGUUGCUGUAUAGAUUGAUACCUCUUUGUGUACCUUCUGUUUAUUCUUUUCACGUUCCCAGUGGAACAUAAGGCUUCAAAGUAGAGCUCUGCAGUUUCGAUAGCAGUGGUGUUUAUUUUUACGGGAUGUGGUUGCCAGCCUCAUGUCCAUCCAUCCUUCCCUCUCUACCUAUCUUACUACCGGCCUAGCGAGGUUUUGGAAAUGCUUGGCGAGAAUUCUACAACUGUAUUAAUGACCCACUGACUACAGAGUUUUAUUUUAUUCUUAUGUAGUUUUAGGUUUCUACUAAUUCUAUGAUUGUAUAACUUUUAUACAUUCAUUAUAAAUCCGACUCAAUGCUGAAAUUAUUUCUGGAAAUUCGUAACAACAUCUACGGUCUCUGGAAACUAAUAAUUUUACACAUUCAUUUAAAAAAAUUUAUUUUAAACAGGUACAAGAGAAACCUGUGGUCGAUUCUGAGAAUUUGUCUUCGAUGGAUGAUUCCACUAUUCCUACUGAAAAACCAUACUCCAUAUGCUUAAGAAGGCGUAGCAUGUCAAUACAAUCUAAUGAAGGUAAAAAAACUUCUAAGAGAUCAUCUGUUAAGAAAACUACAGGAAAUUCAGAUUCUCUACCUGCUACACCUUCAACAGAUGAAAUCGUCAAAAGUCGGCGGUCAUCGGUGUCUACACUAUCUUCUAGUGAUAAUUUUAUUGACGAUGCCAAAUCUGUUAUCUCAAAUGCUACAACUAUUCCAGCAUCUGAUGAAAUGAACAAAGACGACCCUGAAUUAUCCACAGUACCUUCUUGUCCAUGGUGCAAUAAAUCUGGUUACUCGUGCUUACGUAUCCUUCACAUACACCAAUCACGAUGUCCACUUCGUCCUAAAUCGAUAGAAGAACACAAGUCACCGGUGCCUAAUAAGGAAAUUGACAAACAAGUCAUAACAAAUUUUAUUUGUGAAGAAUGCAGUCGUGGAUUCUCUAGCAGUACAGGUUUAAAAGUUCAUUGUUCUAUGGUAAAACAUAAAUAUACCGAACAAAAACCAGUACCUGAUGAUACAUUUUCACAAUAUAUAGGUUGUCCAGGAUGUUCACGUGAUGCACCGUUAUUUGAUUCUACAGAAAAAUUAUUGAAACACUUGUUAACAUUAAAAUCCGGUUCUGGUAAUAAUCAUACAAGUCGUAGUCAACGUUGGCCAACUGUAUUACAAGUGCCUAAUUUAGGAUAUGGUUGUCAUAUCUGUGGUCUGUUACUCGCCUCUGAGUCUCGUUUAGAUAAGCAUAAAAAAGCUGUUCAUGAAGCAUGGCUAUUAGAAGAACAACAAAAAAUUAGCCCUGGUAAAUUACCUCAGUCAUGCGGUAAUUCUUCUUGAUAAUUGUUCCCCGUUUCUGUUGUCUAUCAUCUCUUUCCUCCACAGACACCCCCCUCCUUGUACAUCUUCUUUAUAGCCCCUUCUAGACAAAUUGUGUUAGUCUCAGUCCUAUUCCAACUAAUCAUAUGCAAGAGAAUGAAUUCAUGUUAAAGAGUAGGAUAUGAUAAAAAUGGAAUAACUGUAUAUGUAAUUAGGUGUUUAUUUAUACGUCAUUGCAUAAUUUGAUAUAUACGUAUUUCUAGUUACAGUAUAUGUUUACAAAUGAAAUGUAAAUAUGUUGAAAUAAGAAAUGCUGUUUUCAAUGUUUUUUGUGUUUGUUUUCUACUUAGCCACUUAAUGUAUAUAAAGAUACCGCUUUUCAACUUAGCUCUACUACUAUUAUAUUGUACAUUAUAUAUUAUAGAUGUACAGUUAAUCUCCUCUGGGUUGUCUUUUUUUAAAAAAACUUUUGUUUGAUCGAAAGUCAGCAAUUUAUUUCAUUAGGAUUUUUCAAUGAACGCCAUUUUUUGUUCAAUGUCAACUGUUUUUGUUUUUUUGUGUGGUUGGAUUUUCUAUAAUAACUUGUUUUAUUCGAUAGUUCUUUUUUUCUAAUAACUUAGAUCUGUUUUCUUUUUACUAAAUGUGUUUUGUUUUAUAUAUGCGUGUGUGUGCGUGUGUGUGUGUGUGUAGAUACCUGUCACAGAUUACUUUAAGCAAUGAAUGUAUUUAUCAAAUAAAUUAACCUUUAUGUAAAAG